GGCUGUUUAACUUGCCAUGCAGUUUUGAGAACCACACAUUGGGACCCAGUCAUGCCCAUUGAUAUGGGUGCGUAAUGACCCUCAUUUGCAGUGUUAACAUGGAUGCCCACUCCUAUUUUUAUGUGUCAUGGGUUUGAUCAUAAACUUCUUAUUCACACAGUUUCAUCUGUUUGUCAUUCCCAUUUUGAUGCAUCUGGAGCUCAGUGGAGUCUUUGAAACCACAUCUCACAGGGCAGUGCCAUUCUGUAAUGCUGUAAUGUAUCAUCCCCCCCCCCCACGCUCAAUAGUUGUGCCUUGUGGCUGUAUUGGUUUUGGGGGUGGGAUGGUCCCUGCCUGCUAGGUAAGGCCACUUAGGCAUCACAGCAGGGAUUCUAGGAGAAAGACAUCAGGUUCACUGGUGUAGACUGUUUGUUUCCCCUAAAUAAACAUUCUUCUGUAAAUUUUGAUGUUUUAUGGGUAGUUUUUGUACCCAAGCAAGAUUAGGUGAACAGUCACAUCACAUGAUAUUUCCUGAUAAUGUUGAUCAGUGUCAGAAGUGCCUAGCUUGGGCAGAUAUGCUUGCUAGCACUGGAUGGUGACAGCAUGUCCAUGAUUGUGAAUGCACCCUAUUGACAUUGGGGUUUUUAUUGUUUGCAAAUUGUCCCCAACAUCCUGCCAUGUGCUAUGUGGUUUUGUGAGGAAUAUGUUUUCCAAUAGUCAACAUUUAUAUGAAGUUGGAAGGGUGAGCCCCUUCCCCUUUCUAAGAUAAAACACCCCACAGAUUGGAAAUGCUUGUACUGUUCAUGAAGACAUGUGUGAUGGUUGGGGACCCAAACAAAGCAAGGCAAUGCAGACUGAAGGCUGUGGAGUGCCAAAACCCAAAUAACUAUCAUGCAUGUUGAAUGGUGACAUGUCAUCAGUGCUGGCACAUGGCUCUUCAGGUGUCUGGCCAGGUCUGGUGGUUUUUCUUAGUUGUGUAGAUGGUUAAUAUGCAGUAUUCAUAUUACUUGUUGUGCCUGUACUGAAGGCUUGUGGUGGAUCAGCAAUCAGUUUCUGCAUGAGUGCAAUGUAAUGAUGUCCAGAGGCAUGGCUGUGGAGUGACCUGGGCCAUGUGUGUGACACUCCAGUCAUGGAGUGCACCGGUCACUCAACAAGGGACAGGUCACUCCGCAGCACAUGUCUCUGUUGCAGGCCUGUGUGCCAUCACACGUGAACAUUGUGUCGUCGCGCCGCUCGUUGGUGACCGCGGUUUCGCGCAAGACGGCGGCCGCCCUGCCCCGCUUGUGAGCUGACCCGCCCCCUCCGCGGCGCGCCGCCAUGGACGGCCUGGCCACGGCGUCGCGCUUCGUGCGCAAGUUCGAGUUCAGCAGCGCCGCCGAGCCGGCGGCCGAGGCGCCGCCGCUCGUCAUCCGGGCGCUGGUGCCGGAGGUGAUGAACCGCAGCUACGGCCUGUACACGUGGCCUUGCGCGCCGGUGCUAGCGCAGUACGUGUUCCACGAGCGGCGUCGGUUCGCCGGCGCGCACGUGCUGGAGCUGGGCGCCGGCACGGCACUGCCCUCGAUCGUGGCCGCCAAGCUGGGCGCCGCUGUCGUGGUGACGGACUGCGCGCGCGCGCCGCAGCUGCUGGCCAACUGCGAGCGCGCGCUGGAGCUGAACGGCGUGUCGGCGCGCGCGCUCGGCCUCAGCUGGGGCCUAGUGAGCCCCGAGCUGCUGCAGCUGCCUCCGCUCGACUUCGUGCUCGGCUCGGACGUGUUCUACGACGAGCCGCUGUUCGAGGACGUAUUGCGCACGGUGGCGUUUCUGCUGGAGGCCAGCCCGCGCGCCCAGUUCGUGUUCACGUACCAGGAGCGCAGCGCCGACCGUUGCCUGGAGCCGCUGCUGGUCAAGUGGCGGCUGCGCGCGCGCCAGGUGCCGCUGGCCGAGUUCGGCGCCGACGGACCGUCGCUGGCCGGCUCCGACCUGCCCGGCAACCACAGCAUCCAGCUGUACGUGGUCACCGUCCGCCAGCCGUAGCCUGCAGCCGGCCGCGGGGAGGAGAGUGCGGCUGCCCCGAACCACCGGUCAUCAUCAGCUGUGUGCGGCUGCCCCGAACCACCGGUCAUCAUCAGCUGUGUGCGGCUGCCCCGAGCCACCGGUCAUCAUCAGCUGUGUGCGGCUGCCCCGAACCAUCGGUCAUCAUCAGCUGUCUGCCACGCCGACAGUGCUGCCCCGAACCACCGGUCAUCAGCUGUGUGCGGCUGCCCCACCACCGGUCAUCAUCAGCUGUGUGCCACACCGACAGUGCUGCCCCGAACCACCGGUCUUCAUCAGCUGCGUGCCACGCCGACAGUGCUGCCCCGAACCACCGGUCAUCAGCUGUGUGCGGCUGCCCCGAACCACCGGUCAUCAUCAGCUGUGUGCCACACCGACAGUGCUGCCCCGAACCACCGGUCAUCAUCAGCUGCGUGCCACGCCGACAGUGCUGCCCCGAACCACCGGUCAUCAUCAGCUGCGUGCCACGCCGACAGUGCUGCCGCGGUCGGGCGGUCAGCUCAGCCGCGUGCCGCGCGGAUGGUUCAGCUGUGCUGUGUCUGCCGUCGGCCUGGACGGGCGCGGGGUCUAGCUGUGCCGCGUGGCGCGUCUA